CACAGCUCUCUGUUACACACUUACUUUAUUCACUUUGACGCACAACUCGCGUUCGUCCACUGCUGCUGGCUGGUUCUGACUGCUUUUCUCUUUCAUUUCCGGUCCUUCCGUGCUGGCACUCGGUGUUUUAGGGCCCCCUCAGAAUACCCCCCUUGUCGAAUAUACUGACAAUACUAUGUCAUUAUUCAGGCGACAUCCGCAGCCAGACGGACUCGUGGAGAACGACGACCAAGACAAUGCUAUCGACCCCAACCUACGUCUUCGUACCGUUCGGACAGCCGCCUCGACCAUCGCAGAGUCAAUCCGUUCAGAACAACGGGCUCAGAGGCGAAAGACCGUCCGCACAAAACGGUCUCGUUUUUUCAGGCGCGAGAAGAGACCAAAGACAGCGGAUUCAGCAGCCUCGUAUGCCACUUCAGCUGGCCCUCACAUCCCUGGACAGAGGCGGAACAUAUACGUCAACUCUCCACUAUCGCCUGCAGAGUUGGAUCAGUAUAAUGAACCCCUCGCGCGGUAUGCAAGAAACAAAGUUCGGACAAGCAGAUACACCCUCGUAACUUUCUUGCCAAAGAACCUGUACGAGCAGUUCCACGGGAUAGCUAACAUCUACUUUUUGGCGCUGGUGAUAUUUCAACUCUUCCCCGUGUUCGGCGCGGCAUCUGCAUCCACCGCUGCACUCCCGCUUCUAUUCAUCUUAGCAGUGACUGCUAUCAAGGAUGGCGUAGAGGACUAUCGCCGUGCACAACUGGACGAGGAAGUGAAUACCUCUGCGGUGACGAAACUGGGCCAAUGGCGCAACGUCAACUUGCGCUCCGACCCCCGACCCUGGUAUCAGCGCCUCCUGCGUAUCAAUCCGCCAGGAAAGAUCUCGAAGGGUGUUCAGAAACUUCGCGAGAAAGAGGCCGGCGAGGGAAUGCAGGUGAUACUGAAUAAGAGCGGUUCUAGGGACCGGAUAAGCUUGAGCACCGCAGACCUCGACGAGAGCAUGCCCAACUUGCCUCGUCUUCCCGGUGAAGGUGGUAGUCGAUUGGAGGACAUACAAAGCAUCGACUCGCACACGUAUCCGCCAGGAUUACCACGAGCCGACGAAGCGGGUGGAUGGGGUAGGCAAAACCCAUCCCUUUCUAGGUAUCAGCAGUCCGUAACUUCCCGGUCUUCGAUUGGCGUCGUUGACUGGAAGCGUAGAACAACCGGGACCGCGCAAUGGGAAAGGACGCUAUGGAAGAAGCUCGAGGUCGGCGAUAUCGUGCUUCUGCGGGAGAACGAACAGGUACCGGCCGAUAUCGUCGUUCUGUCGACCUCCGACUCCAGCGGUCUCUGCUACGUAGAGACCAAGAACUUGGACGGCGAGACGAACCUGAAGGCGCGGAAAGCUCUCCGGGCGACGUCUUCGCUUGGUUCAGAAGAGGAGAUCGAGAAAGCGUCUUUCGUUCUCGACUCAGAGCCGCCCCACCAGAACCUGUACUUGUACAACGCUGUACUGCGAUACAACGACUCCACUACGGGUGAAUCACGUAGAGAGGGCGUGACGAUCAACGAGCUCCUGCUGCGUGGUUGUACCGUCAGGAAUACAUCUUGGAUCAUUGGCUUGGUUGCCUUCACUGGCCCAGACACCAAGAUCUAUCUAAACGGUGGUUUGACGCCGUCCAAGCAGUCCAAGAUCUCGAAGGAGACCAAUUUCAAUGUCAUAGUCAACUUUAUCUUCUUGGUCAUAAUCUGUUCGCUCUCGGCUAUUAUCAGCGGUGUCAUGGACGGUCUUCAGGAUACCAGCACAAAGAUAUACGAGCAAGGCGUCGAUCCGACCAAUUCCACUGUCUUGAAUGCCCUCGUGACAUUUGUCUCUUGCUUGAUAGCCUUCCAGAACAUCGUUCCCGUAUCGCUUUUCAUUUCCAUCGAAAUCGUCAAGACUAUCCAGGCUUUCUUUAUCGCACAGGACGUUGACAUGUACUACAAGCCUUUUGAUGCCGCCUGCGUUCCAAAGAAUUGGGGUAUCUCCGACGAUCUUGGUCAGAUCGAGUAUAUCUUUUCGGAUAAGACAGGCACGCUUACGCAGAACGUGAUGGAGUUCCAGAAGUGCUCGAUCGCCGGUGUCGUCUACGGUGAAGGCGUGACGGAGGCGCAGCGUGGAGCAGCCAAAAGACAGGGGUUAGACGAGGUAGACCCCGAAGAGCUGUCGCAGAAACUGGCCGCGCUCAAAGCCGAUAUGGUCGAUAGGCUUGUGCGGCUAUUCAAGAACCGAUACGCUCAAGUUGAUAAGCUGACGCUUAUUUCGCCGAAGCUGGCCCAGGACAUCGCGGAUCGCUCGUCGCAGCAGGCGUCCCAUAUCACUGCGUUCUUCCGUGCUCUCGCUGUCUGUCACACGGUGCUGGCCGAUAAGCCUGACCCUACAACAAAGCCGCACUACUUGGAAUACAAGGCGGAGUCCCCAGAUGAGGCUGCGCUCGUUGCCGCCGCACGGGAUGUCGGUUUCCCGUUCGUGGGAAAGGUCAAGGACACUAUCGAUAUCGAGGUUCUCGGUCAGCCCGAGCGAUACACGCUUCUCCAGACGCUCGAGUUUAACAGUACGAGGAAGCGGAUGAGUGUCAUCGUUCGCGCACCUGACGGUAGGAUCAUUCUGUACUGCAAGGGUGCCGACACCGUCGUCUACGAGCGGCUUUCGCCCGAUGUCGAUCCAGCGUUGAAAGAGAAAACAACCAAAGACAUGGACAUGUUCGCGAAUGGUGGUCUGAGGACGUUGUGUGUUGCAUAUAGGGUCCUGAGGGAGGAUGAGUUUUUAUCGUGGCUGAGGACCUACGAAGCGGCGGCUGCCGCAACAGAGAACAGGGACGAAGAGAUCGAGAAGGCUGCGUCUGAGAUUGAGCAGUCUCUUUUGAUCCUGGGAGCCACGGCUUUGGAAGACAAGCUACAGGAGGGGGUUCCAGAGGCUAUCGAAACACUUCAUCGCGCGGGUAUCAAGCUGUGGAUUCUUACCGGUGACAAACUCCAGACAGCUAUCGAGAUCGGCUUCAGUUGCAACCUUCUGAAACAGGACAUGGAGAUCAUGAUCCUUUCAGCCGACUCCCCAGAAGAGGCACGGGCGCAAAUAGAAGCGGGUCUGAACAAGAUUUCAUCGGUAUUGGGGCCGCCGUCUUGGGAUCCAAAGAAGCGUGGUUUCGUGCCAGGGGCGCAAGCUGCUUUUGCCGUUGUCAUCGAUGGCGAAACCCUGCGGCAUGCGCUGUUGCCGGAUAUUAAGCCCCUAUUCCUUAAUCUCGGUACGCAGUGUGAAACUGUGGUUUGCUGUCGCGUGUCCCCUGCGCAGAAGGCACUUACCGUGAAGCUGGUCAAGGAAGGGCGCAAGGCCAUGACCUUAUCGAUCGGUGAUGGCGCGAAUGAUGUGGCGAUGAUUCAAGAAGCUAAUGUGGGCUGUGGUCUGCUUGGGCAUGAGGGUUCACAAGCCGCUAUGUCGGCAGACUACGCGUUCGGCCAGUUCAGAUUCUUGACGAAAUUAUUACUCGUGCAUGGCCGAUGGUCUUACCAACGUAUUGCUGACAUGCAUAGCAACUUCUUCUACAAAACUGUCAUGUGGACGUUGGCUAUGUUCUGGUUCUUGCCCUUCUGCUACUUCGACGCCACAUAUUUGUAUGACUAUAGCUUCAUUCUGCUCUAUAACCUGGUCUUUACCGCGCUUCCCGUGAUCGUUCUGGGAGCGUUCGAUCAAGAUGUUAACGCUAAAGCGGCAUUGGCUUUCCCCGAAUUAUACGUCCGAGGCAUUCGGGGUUUAGAAUAUACGCGGCUCAAGUUCUGGUCAUUCAUGCUGGACGGUCUAUACCAAUCUGCGGUAGUUUUCUUCAUUCCUUAUCUGGCUUGGUCUUUUGGAUUGGCUGUAUCAUGGAACGGCAAAGGGAUAGACUCGCUGGCCGAUUUGGGAACGACUGUGGCAGUAGGGGCUAUCUUUGCUGCUAACACCUACGUUGGAAUGAACACGCAUUACUGGACGUUCAUCACCUGGAUCGUUGUGAUUGGAUCAUCUCUAGUGAUGAUCCUGUGGGUGGUCAUCUAUUCAUAUUUUCCUCCCAACAACUUUUUCACUACGACUGGGGCUUUUGUCGACGAGGUGGAAAUACUUUUCAGCAAUCUCGUCUUUUGGGGUUGUGUUGUGUUCUCUGUUCUAGUUGCUCUCGCCCCGCGUUUCAUUUACAAGUUCGUCCGGUCCACGUACGCCCCACUUGACAAGGAUAUUGUCAGGGAAGCAUGGGUUGGUGGCGACUUGAAAGACCGACUUGGGAUCAGCCAUCGAAAGGCGUCAAAGAAUAAACACUCCGACCUAGAGGCAACACCAAUGUUCCGCGAUCCACACGUCCGCUCGGCCUCCGAGCUGACCCUGCACCAAACCUACCAACCCACACCUCUUGUACCACCCACGUCUAAGCCCGAAGUCGAUGAAACAUCACAGGAUCGUGAUACCCUCAUUAUGCCGUCUGAACAGGAUCUUCUGGAUUCGCAACCUGAAACAUCACCACGUCUCUCGUAUUACUCUCCAACUGACAUCACAGCAUCUUCACCCAUCCCAUCCUCACAGCCUCCGUUCUCGACUUCUGAACUCACCAACAAUCUCCCUACGUCUUCUCCUACACACCUAUCUCCAAUAUAUCCUCACUCUCCCCGCCAGAUGGCACCACCAUCAUCGUCAAGCAACUAUUCACGACCGUCGUACCUGAGUCAAACUACGUCGGAGUCGUAUGAAUUACAAGAUUUAUCAUAUCCUCCGACACGGACACAUGACUCUCUGCCCGCGGGUUCCCGUCCGCCAUUAUCAGGCGCCGAACCAUUAGCUGGUGAUGGUCGAUACCGACCAGAACAGGCAGUUGUUGCACCAGACGCCAGCUCGGAGGAAUCCCGGUCAUGGUAUGGAGGUCGUGCACUAUGAGUCGAGGUAUGAGUCAUCUUGGUUAUGAUGUAUCAUAGAAGGGUGGUUGCCAGUAUAUGUCCCUCGCGUCACGCUCUGUUGUACUCCUUCUAAUCCGUAUUCUCCUCUUUCUUCUUCACCCGUAGCUGGGGCCUGGACUUUGAAAAACGGAGGCUUAACCACAGAUAUUCCGGUAACACAUACACCGACGCGGACUUACUCCAUCCAUGCUGCUAUUACAAGGCUACCUUGUCUAUCUAUUGUUAUCAUCUUCGUUUUUUAUGCGCGUCGCACAUGUGUUUCUAUCUUCAAGGG